UCCAUUUCUGAAAAGUGGCCGCCGCCGAUCUCAUGUCUUCGCUCGUGUUCUUACAUAGUUAGUUCAUUUAACUCGGCUCCCUGCGGGAAUUCCGGCGAUUACCUGGAGGUUGGGGUUCCAAAAACUGUUUCUUUUACGUUUGUACGCUAUUCAAACGGGGGCGGAAUCGUAGGUAGCUUUUUAUUUAUUCUUUUAACUUUACUCAGCCGUAUUCCGCCUUUACACCCCCCAACCCCCUCCCUUGACUGCCCCCCUCACCCCCCCACUCGUGCGUGAGUUGGGGCCUGCUACGUUGGUUUGGCCACGAGGCGCAUCGUUACACGGUACAGGGCGAUGGCGGAGUUCGGCAAUGGGCUGGCGGAGGAAUCGCUACUAGAUUCUGACCCUGGACACCCCGAGCUGGAAGACCCGGGGGUAGGCGACGAGGAGCCGGGGUUAGAGGAGGGAGAAGCGGCCAUCGAAGACCCGGAGCUGGAGGCUAUCAAAGCCCGUGUGAGAGAGAUGGAGGAAGAGGCCGAGAAACUGAAGGAGCUGCAGAACGAGGUGGAGAAACAAAUGAAUCUAAGCCCACCGCCAGUCGGCCCAGUCAUCAUGUCAUUUGAGGAAAAAAUGGAAGCAGAUGGCCGAUCGAUAUAUGUCGGAAACGUGGACUACGGCGCCACAGCGGAGGAGCUUGAGGCACACUUCCACGGCUGUGGUUCAGUAAAUAGAGUCACCAUCUUGUGUGACAAAUACACGGGGCAUCCCAAAGGAUUUGCUUACAUCGAGUUUGCCGACAAAGAGUCUGUAAGGACGGCGAUGGCUCUGGAUGAGUCUCUGUUUAGAGGAAGACAGAUAAAGGUGGGCGCAAAGAGAACAAACAGACCCGGCAUCAGCACCACAGAUCGCGGUUUUUCCCGGGCUCGGUUCCGAUCAAGGGGAGGAAACUUCUCGUCGCGAGCUCGCUACUACAGCGGCUACACACCCCCCAGAGGCAGAGGGCGGGCCUUCAGGGGCCGAGGGCGAACAUCGUGGUAUUGCCCUUACUAAACACUCCACCCCCUCCCCUUUUACUAUCAACCCCUUUCCCUUCUCUACACAUGUACGCAAACACACACACACACACACACACUCACUUACACAUACACUCUAAAAUUCCCCUCCCUUUCCCCCAACAAAAAAAAAAGAAGAGUUCCAGAAGAAACAAAAAGGAAAAAAAAGAAAAAAAAAGCCUUCUGGACAGAGAGACUGACUGACUGCAGUGUGCAUUUGUAUGUGAGCGUGCGUGUGCGGAGGUUGGUGCGGCCCCCCUGGUAAGGUAUACGCUGGCCUUUUUGGUGCAAGAUGUAUGGUGGCAAGUUUUUUCUUUUGGUGUUGUCGUUGCUUGGGGUUUGGGGAUGAUGUUGAUUUUGAUGAUGAUGGUGGUGAUGGUAUCUCAGGCUGCAGGCGUGUCUCCUUUGGUCUGGCUGUGACAUCCUGCUUCCACACCAUCCACCCACCCAUUCACCCCAUUCACCCACCACCGGAAAAAAAAGGCGACAAAAAAAGGGGGGGUGGCGACAUUAAAUGACAGUUUUUUUGUUUUUUUUUUGCUUUUUUUUUUAAGAAUGUGUUCAAAUGUGAAAUGUUGACUAGCCCGUUUGAUGUUUAAAGUCUGUUUGCUGUACCACUCCCUCCUGCUUUUCUCUCCAUCUCCUCCGACUCCCCCAGAUCAACUCCCCAUGAUUUCUUUUUUUGUUGUCUGUGUUCUUCACCACGCAGUUUUGGAAAGCGACUGACCCUCUUGGCAGUGGAAAAA